CGCACUUCUUUCCGGAAGUAUCGUGCGGAGGAGUUGAGCUUCCUGUCUGUUAAUCCACUUGUUGAUUUAUAGAGGAGAACGAGGAGUGAAAUAACCAAUUAAAGUAAAAACAAUGGUUAAAACGGACGGGUAAAAAAAAGCGGCAGUUUGUAGAUCACUAACCCGACGGUUGAGCAAGAUGUUCGGGUUGAAGACAGCCGGUGUCAUCGGAGCCUCCGUGGCUAUGGCUGGAGGAGUCGCUUAUGUUGUCUGGAACUACGCGUCCUCCCCCGGGGAGAAGGAGACCGAAACACGGCCGGAGGAAGACGGUAAAAAGGCCGAAGAUGAGGGGGAAAUAAAGGAGGAAAUUAUGGUUGAACAAAUUGUUGUCGCCGCUGCUGUUGCGCCGGUUGUCGCUGCAGAAGCUCCGAAAACACCCGAGUCCAAGCCUGUGGAGUCAGCAGGGACCCAGGUUCUGGUUCUGGGUCUGGAUGGAGCCGGUAAGACCAGCCUGCUGCACUGCCUGUCCACCGGCUGCCUGGAGCACGACAUGGAGCCCACGCAGGGUUUCAACGCUGUGUCCAUCAGCCGGGAGGACCUGCACAUCGAGUUCCUGGAGAGUCGUUGGUUUCGCAGCCUGACUACGCCUUCACACCGUCUCUUAUCUCAGGACUUGGAACUUACGUUCAUCGUAAAAAUCAUGACGAGGACUAAGGAACUAGAACUCGACCUCCCAGGAGCCUGCAGCAUCACAGAUCUGCACGACGCUCUGUCCCUCUCUGAGGCAGGGGACCGCAGGUUGUUCCUCAUCGGGACCCACGUGAAGAAGGGCGAGGGCGAGCUCAGCUCUGGCGUUCAGGACGCUCGAGAGCUGAUCCUGCAGAUGGUCUCUGACAGCAGAUAG